UGUUUUGCUCCUACGGCGUGUUCGGCGUGCUUUUCUUUCAACUUUUUCUGUGGAAAAUAAAAUAUUUUGCAAUGGGGAAGAAGAAAAUCAACGCAAGAAGGAAGCAGGAUAUACAGUAUGUUACGGAUAAUAGUGAAAUCAAGAAGAUAAAAAUUGAUCUUGGAGGAAACGUGGAACAUCUUAAGAAAUACGAUGAAAGCAAUGCUCUGGUUAUUCCAUCAAGGAAACGACAUACAAAAGCGCUGGUCAAAGAGAAGAAAGUCACAAGAAUUCUUUCGAAAAAGCAGAGGAAAAACUUGGAGAAAAUUGUUGAUAAGAAGCUGAAAAAGGAAAAUAGAUCAACGCUUUUGGAUAAUUUGCUGAGUGUUCAACUUCCUGCGGACAAAGUCAAUCAACUUGUGUCCAUAACAGCUGUCCAGACGAGUGGCAUUAGGAAAUUCUCUAGUGCUGGAGACAAAGUGUAUUCUGAGAAUGGACAAACGACUUCCAAGAAGCCUAACAGCAUUGCUGGAAGCAGAAAAAGGAAGGUUCUUGAGAGAAGUGCCGCUGAAGAAUCUGAAGACUCUUCUGAGGAAGAAUCUGAGCAUCCCAAAAUGCCCUGUCCUCAUCCAGAUGGAUUCUAUUCAUCUUCAGAGAGUGAAGCUGAAACUGAGGAGACUAGGAAGCCCGCAGAAAUAGAAACACUGCAUGUUUCUAAAGAUUUAAGCUUUACAGUGGAAGAUCUUAAGGAAAAUGGACAAAUCCCGGCAAAUGAAAUCCAUUCUACUGAGAACUCCUUCAAAGUGUCGGAUGUGGAAGCUCCAGCGAAGCCUAGGCCUCCUUCGAAGCCCGCCGUUUACGUUCACGUCGAGAGAAAGCCAGAAAUCCAGGCAGCUCGGCUGAAGCUUCCCAUCCUGGGUGAGGAGCAAAUCGUGAUGGAGGCAAUAAACGAGAAUGACGUUGUGAUUAUCGCUGGAGAGACUGGCAGUGGGAAGACCACUCAAGUUCCCCAGUUUCUCUACGAAGCCGGCUAUGCGGUAGACAAGCUGAUAGGAAUCACAGAGCCAAGGAGAGUGGCAGCGAUCUCCAUGUCCAAGAGAGUGGCUGAAGAGAUGAAUCUGAGUCAGGACGUUGUGUCGUAUCUGAUACGCUUCGAAGGAAACACCACGACUCAGACGAAGGUGAAGUUCAUGACGGAUGGCGUGCUGCUGAAGGAGAUGGAGAUGGACUUUGAGCUCAGCAAGUACUCAGUGAUAAUCCUGGAUGAGGCACACGAGAGAAGUGUAUAUACAGAUAUUCUCCUAGGAUUGCUGUCCAGAGUGGUUCCGCUGCGGAAGAAGAAGGGAAACCCACUCAAAUUAGUGAUCAUGUCAGCGACUUUGAGAGUGUCUGAUUUCACGGAAAAUGAGAGACUUUUUAAAACACCUCCUCCUGUUAUAAAGGUGGAAGCGAGACAGUUUCCGGUGACUGUGCACUUCAACAAGGUCACAGACAGCGACUAUGUGAAGGAAGCCUUUCGGAAAGCCGUGAAAAUUCACUCAAAACUGCCAGAUGGAGGAAUUCUGAUCUUCCUCACGGGACAGCAGGAAGUGAAUUAUUUGGUGAAAAAACUAAGAAUGAAAUUUCCUAAAGGAGAUAAGAAAACCGAACCAGAGAAAGACGAUUCACUAGCAGAUAAGGAGGAGACAGAAGAGGCGGGAAAGGCUGAUUCUGAUGAGGAAUUCGACAUGGAGAGAGCAAUUAGACGGAUGAAGAAGGCCAGGAAGAAGUUUGCCAAGGAACUUUCUCUACCCAAAAUCAAUUUGGAUACUUACAAACUUCCUGGCGACGACACUGAAGCGGACUUGAUUGACACUGAGACUGUGGAUGAGAAUUUGUCGGAAGAUGAAGAGGAUCCUUAUGAUGAGGAAGCUCUGGGAAUGGCCACAAGUCAGCCUCUCUGGACUCUACCUCUCUAUUCUCUGCUCUCAUCCGCCGCGCAGGAGCGGGUCUUUCAGCCUCCUCCCGAGGGAACCAGACUCUGUGUUGUGGCCACGAAUGUCGCUGAAACCUCCUUGACAAUUCCCAACAUUAAGUACGUCAUAGAUUGUGGGAGGCAGAAGGUUCGUCUGUAUGAUCCUGUGACCGGAGUGGAAGCUUACGUGGUGAAGUUCACCAGCAAAGCAUCGGCGAAUCAGCGAAGCGGAAGAGCAGGAAGAACGGGUCCUGGACACUGCUACAGGAUCUACUCUAGUGCUGUUUAUAACAAUGAGUUCCCUGAUUUCUCAGUGCCGGACAUCCUGAAGCGACCUGUAGAUGAUAUAGUGCUGCAAAUGAAGUGCAUGGGAAUCACUAAAGUUGUGAACUUCCCAUUCCCAACGUCUCCAGAGAGUGAACAGCUGCAAAUGGCGGAGACACGCUUGAAAAUCCUGGGUGCUCUCGAGGAAUCCUCAAAGGGAUUGAAAGUCACCGAAUUGGGUAAUACAAUCUCCCUCUUUUCCAUUGCUCCACGCUUCGGGAAGAUGCUGGCGCUGAGCAACCAACACAAUCUCAUGUCAUACACGAUCUGCAUAGUCUCCGCGUUGAGUGUGCAGCAGGUUCUCCUCGAGAACACACCAGCCACGAGAGAUGCCAACAAUGCUGAGGAUGCAGGAAAAUGGGCGAAGAGACGCAAAGCCUGGGCCGGUUCUGGGCAUUUUCUUAGUCUCGGAGAUCCUAUGGUGCUCCUGCGAGCCGUUGGAGGAGCCGAAUAUGCGGGAUCUGAGAACAAACUGCCUGACUUCUGUCGCAAGAAUGGUCUAAGGCUGAAAGCAGUAACAGAGAUUCGGAAAUUAAGAGUUCAGCUGACGAAUCAGCUCAAUCUCAAUAUCCCAAACGUGGAUGUUUGUGUGGAUCCGAAGCUGGGGCCUCCAACAGAUGAUCAAGCAAAACUCCUGCGGCAGAUCCUUCUGGCAGGAAUGGGAGAUCGUGUGGCUCGUCGAGUGCCUAUGGAAGACAUCUCUAAUCCUCGAGAGAGAAUCAGGUUGAAGAGAGCUUACAAUACUCCAGAAAUGAUCGAUCCUGUCUUCCUGAACUCCUCAUCUGUCCUGGCUUCGGAGCUCCCUGAGUGGGUGAUCUAUCAGGAGGUCUACGAAGUCCUUCAGCCUGAGCCCAAGAUGUUCAUUAGAGGCAUUACGGAAAUCGAACCACAGUGGCUGCCAAUAUAUGUUCCCACAAUGUGCAAUUUCCAGGAGAUUGCAGAUGAGAAGCCGAAGUACAACAGAAAAACAGGAACUGUCCGGAGGAAGAUGAGGGUGACAUUUGGACGGGCAGCGUGGCCACUUCCGGACGCAGACGUGGACAUGCCAUUUGGAGUGGAGGCUUGCAAACACUUCGGAAUGAUCCUGUUGUCCGGAGAGGUUUUUCCCACUCUAGCUAAAUACACCCCUCAACUCUUGUCCACGCCAGCUUCAAUGAUCAGGAGUUAUAGCAACAUUAUCCCUAGAGUAACGGCAUUUAUCAAAGCUCUGGUGAACCGACAAAUAACUUCGAAGCCCAAAUUGAUGGAAAUUUGGCAAAAGGAUCCAAAAUAUCUUCUCAGUGAGUAUCAGCAGUGGCUCCCGAGUAAAGCUUCCAUGGAAGUAUCGAGCAAGUGGCCGCCGACAGAUGAGUAGUAUUUAAUUAUGGCAAUAAGAACUUUUUAUUAAGUGGUAUAAAACAGAUCAAGGAUUAUAAAACAGAAUGACCAUCAAAAACCCCAAAAGAA